AUGAGGCUGUUGGUCAACUUGUGUCUGCAGAUUGAGGAAAAAAUGCCUAAUAGAGCAAAAGGAAAUGAGAACAGUUCAAAGCCUUCUCUUAGUAACUUGGGCCACGAUGCCAAUUCAAAAGUCUUAAGGCUAUCAGAUUCUUCUCCAUCCUCUACUAGUACUUGUAAUUCCCAAAGAUUAGAUAUUUUAAAGCGGCGACAACAUGAUGUCAAACUGGAAAAACUCAAGGAGCGGAUUAGGAAACAGUGGGAACACUCAGAAGAAAUAAAUGGCCGGGGCCAGAAUUUAGGUCAUAUUGACCAUCCAGUCAUGGUUGUUAAUGUUGACAGCUCAGUGUCAACAAAAGUCAGGAAAGUGGCCACAGCACCACCUGCUCCAGCAUAUAAAGAUGAUACCUCUGUAAAAGAGAAGCCUGCUGAAAAAAGUAAAGAGAAGAAAGUGGUUAAACCAGUACGAAAAAUCCAAAAGGUAACACAGUUAUCAACUCCUGAGUGCAAAACAGGUUAG